GUAAAUAGUUAAAAGAAAAUCAACCAAUUUUGCUGUAAAAUAAAAAAAAAAAAAACUACAUAAAACAUGUUCGCCUACAAUAAAAUAACAACCAAAUCAAAAAGAAGCUAAUUCUUCAAAUCUAAAAUUUAUAAUUUAAUUAUAUCUGUCGUGCGUUAAAAUAUAAUUGCUUUGUUUAACAUUAAUUUCCUCUGCGUCUGAAAAAGAGUGUGUAUUAUCGAACACUCUCAACCGCCGGCAGCGAUCAAUAAAUUAGGAAAAAAAACUCAAAUUAAAAAAUCUGCAUCAGAAAUAAAUUAAAAGACGAUUCAUAAUAACCUGUAUUUAUGGCAAUCACUAGCUAAGGAAAUACUUUUCCAAAAAAGACAUAAUUUCUUCCUUUUUGUAAUUUUAUGGCAAUUCAGGACGGACAUCGAAUGAAAAAAAUGUCUCACAACGAUGCUUACAAUGCAGUCAAAGGCUUUCCAAUAACAGCUCCGCGCAGUAUUUGGGCCGCUUCUGGUGGCUCCUUUAUAGUUUGUUUUGUAUUUUAUUUCUUUUAUGGUGGUUUCCUAACAUUGAGUUUAUUUAGCUGCUUAGCUUUAGGUAUUCUCUAUUAUGCUCAAGAUAUACUCCUAUAUCAUCCCGAUUUACCGGCAAACUCACGUAUUUACAUUCCCAUUCCAACGAUGCACAAUCUGCCCCAUGAAACAGUAAGCAUCCAUACACCAGACAAGGUGACGUUGCAUGCCUUCUGGGUCAGUCAACCGCAAGAGAGGAGCAAAUUUGUGCCGACAUUUGUUUAUUUCCAUGGCAAUGCCGGCAAUAUGGGCCAUCGGAUGCAAAAUGUUUGGGGAAUCUUCUAUAAUCUUCAUUGUAACAUAUUGAUGGUUGAAUAUCGUGGUUAUGGACUGUCGACGGGUAGUCCAUCUGAGAAAGGAUUGGCUAUCGAUGGAAGAGCAGCAGUGGAUUAUUUAUUCACUCGACACGAUCUCGAUCAUGGUCAGAUUGUUGUAUUUGGACGAUCAUUGGGUGGUGCUGUGGCUAUUGAUGUGGCAGCUGAUCCAAAUUAUAGUCGAAAAAUUAUGUGUGCCAUUGUUGAGAAUACAUUUACGAGUAUUCCUGAUAUGGCUGUUGAACUAGUCCAUCCUUCUGUGAGAUAUAUACCGAAUUUCUUUUAUAAAAAUAAGUUUCAUUCAUUAACGAAAAUUCGCAAAUGCACAUCACCGUGUCUAUUUCUAUCGGGUUUAGCUGAUAAUUUGGUUCCACCGCGUAUGAUGAGAGCAUUAUAUACUCAAUGUCCAAGUGAAAAGAAACGUAUUUUAGAAUUUAUUGGAGGUUCACACAAUGAUACUUGGGUAGUGGAGGGUUACUACCAAGGAAUCAAAGAAUUUCUAAGUGAAUGUCAAAAUGUAACAUUACCUCUUCAAAAGCCACCGGAAAAGAGUAAUGUGUGGAAUGAAAUAGAAAUUGUAUAGUUAAUUUAGUAAAAAAAAAAUAAAGUACUUCGUUAAUAGUACUAAAAACUGAUAAACACAUCCGUUAAAUAUUUAAUUAAGAUAACUUAAUUUUCUUCUUUUUUAAUAUAAAAAUUAAUUAUAUCGUUUGCAAUACUAGUUGAAAAAUUAAAAAAAAAAACAAUAAUGUUUUUUUAAUAAAUUGGAUCAUUAUUAUUUGUUUUAGAAUUGCAAUUUUAAAUAUUUAAAACUUUUGGAAUGUAUUAAAAGAAAUUAAAAAUUUAAGGACUAAGAUAUGUAUAGAUGACCUAUC